AUGAAAAAAAUACAUGCAGCUUCUUAUUUUUCAUGCUCUUUAUUUUUGGCAUAUUUUUUCCUUAUUGAUUUAACAUCAUCGGCAUCUUUUGACCCAUCGUCAGCAGAGAAACUAUUUGAUGUUGAUGAAACAAAAGAUUAUGAUAAAAAAACUGUGCAUUUUCAAACCCAUUUGGAUGAAGAUUCUAUAAAUGAUGAAAAUCCAUUAAGAGAAGAAAAUCCAUUAAGGGAUGAAAGUUCUUUAAUGGAAGAAAGCCCUUUAAGGGAAGAAAAUUCUUUAAGAGGAGCAAAUUCUACAAAAAGAGAAGCACUAUAUUUUGAAGACGAAAAUCUCUCUAUUGAAGAUGUCAUUGAUACUGAUAUGUGGUUAGAUCAAUUAUAUAUUAAGUGGAAUAGCCUCGUACGAUCUUCUAGAAAACAAAUCGAAGCAGAAGAACGAAUAAAAAAAAAUGAAUGGAAUAAAAAAUUAGUAGAAUUGGAAGAAGAAUGGGAAAAAUUUUAUUCUUAUAUAUCCACAAAGAAAGGUGUAUGGCUUAAAAAAAAAAACGAAGAAUGGAAUGCAUGGAUUAAACAAAUGGAGUCAAAAUGGAUUGCAUAUAAAGGUCACAUUGAUAAAGAGUUAUAUGAUAAUGUUGCAAGGGGUUCACCAGAAGAUAAUAUAUCUAUAGUAAAUCAAUUAAAAGCUACUGUCGAACAAAAUAUGAUAAAAGAUUUAAAAAAAUGGAUUGAUAGCGGUGAUCAUAAUUUAUAUAAAUGGAUAAUUUGUGACUGGACCAAAUGGAAAAGCAAUUUCAUGUUAGAAUGGUCUAAACAACAAUGGAAACUUAAUGAAGAUACUUAUUGGAAGAAAUUUACAAAACCAAAAACACGACCUGAUCCAUUUUUUUUCUUAAUCAAGGAAAAAUACGAUAAAUGGGCUGAAAGAAAUAAAAUGGAGCAAGAUCAAUGGACAGAUAUAACUAAUAAAUUAGAAAGCAAAUAUUUAACUGUAAAACACACUGAAUGGGAAGAAUGGAAACUCAACAAACGUGAAUGGUAUGGUAAAUGGAUUGCAUAUUAUAUUGAGAAUUUUGUAAAUAUGAGAACAGUAUAUAGACAAUUAGAACAACAAAACGCUUAUUAA